GCGGGGAUCCUGAGUCCCGGCUGGCGGGUGUCAGCUGCCGCGCGCGCACCGCACACGCACAGACACACAGACAGACACGGACCCACACGUCCUCACAAUCCGCCUCCCUCCCGGGCGGGCAGCUUCUCCGUGCCGGGCUCCUUUGUUGCUCCCGCUGCGGCCGCUCUCCGGUGUGUUGUGUCCCCGAGUGUCACCGUGCGUGUUGUGUGUCCCCGCGGCGCGGUGCUGUGUGGCUGUCCCCGCGCCCACCCCGCUGGCCCCCGGGCCCCUGGCUAACCCUUCGCCAGGCGCCGGCUGCACCAGAGUCCUGAAAAAGGUUUCCUGGAACCUAUGACCCAUGAAGUCUUCUCAACAUUCAUACCAUCUGAGGGUAGCAGCAAAGAAGUAGAAGACAUAGCAGUGUUACAGGGGACUGUGAUAUCUCUGUGAGCGACCCAGUGGUCUAUGGGACGUGGACUUGGGACCCUCUGUGACACAACAUGCCGCGUGGGAUAAUGACAACACAGAGAGGAAAGAGUCCUUUGGUCACACUCCCUUGGCUCCUCUUGGCCACAGCAAGCUGUCUUGCCGACUUGAAUGAGGUCCCUCAGGUCACCGUCCAGCCUGCGUCCACCGUCCAAAAGCUUGGAGGGACUGUGAUCCUGGGUUGUGUGGUGGAUCCACCAUGGGUGAAUGUGACCUGGCGCCUGAAUGGGAAGGAGCUGAAUGGCUCAGAUGAUGCUCUGGGUGUCCUUCUUACCCGAGGGACUCUUGUCAUAGCUGCCCUCAACAACCAUACUGUGGGACGGUACCAGUGUGUGGCCCGGAUGCCUGCAGGGGCUGUGGCCAGCGUGCCAGCCACAGUGACACUAGCCAAUCUCCAAGACUUCAAGUUAGACGUGCAGCAUGUGAUCGAGGUAGAUGAGGGGAACACAGCUGUCAUUGCCUGCCAUCUGCCUGAGAGCCAUCCAAAAGCCCAGGUCCGGUACAGUGUCAAACAAGAGUGGCUGGAGGCCUCCAGAGACAACUACCUGAUCAUGCCAUCAGGGAACCUCCAGAUUGUCAACGCCAGCCAAGAAGAUGAGGGGAUGUACAAGUGUGCAGCCUACAACCCGGUGACCCAGGAAGUGAAAACCUCUGGCUCAAGUGACAGGCUGCGUGUGCGCCGCUCCACUGCUGAGGCUGCCCGCAUCAUUUAUCCCCUAGAGGCCCAAACUGUCAUUGUCACCAAAGGCCAGAGCCUCAUUCUGGAGUGUGUGGCCAGUGGGAUCCCACCUCCUCAAGUCACGUGGGCCAAGGAUGGGUCCAGUGUUGCUGGCUACAACAAGACUCGUUUCCUGCUGAGCAACCUGCUCAUCGACACCACCAGUGAGGAGGACUCCGGCACCUACCGCUGCAUGGCCAACAAUGGGGUGGGAGAGCAUGGGGCAGCUGUCAUCCUCUACAACGUCCAGGUGUUUGAGCCUCCCGAAGUCACCAUGGAGCUGUCCCAGCUUGUCAUCCCAUGGGGCCAGAGUGCCAAGCUCACCUGUGAGGUGCGCGGGAAUCCCCCGCCCUCUGUGCUGUGGCUGAGGAAUGCCGUGCCCCUUGCUGCCAGCCAGCGUCUCCGGCUAUCCCGCAGGGCCCUGCGUGUGGUCAGUGUGGGGCCUGAGGAUGAAGGCGUCUACCAGUGCAUGGCGGAGAAUGAAGUUGGGAGUGCCCAUGCCGUGGUCCAGCUGAGGACGGCCCGACCAGGCACGACUCUGGGCCCCUGGCAGGAUGCUAAGCCAUCCACAGCCACGCCUCCUGCACCACCCUCCAGAUCCGGUAACCCUGAUCAGAUGCUGAGGGAGCGACCAGGGCUUGCCAAGCCUCCGACAUCAGUGCAGCCUGCUUCCCUGCAGUGUCCAGGAGAGAAGGGGCAAGUGGCCCCUGCUGAGGCCCCCAUCAUCCUCAGCUCUCCCCGGACCUCCAAAACCGACUCCUAUGAACUGGUGUGGCGACCUCGACAUGAGGGUGGCAGCCGAGCACCCAUCCUCUACUAUGUUGUGAAACACCGCAAGCAGGUCGCAAACUCCUCUGAUGACUGGACCAUCUCUGGCAUUCCAGCCAAUCAGCACCGCCUGACCCUCACCAGGCUUGACCCAGGGAGCUUGUAUGAAGUGGAGAUGGCAGCUUACAACUGUGCUGGCGAGGGCCAGACAGCCAUGGUCACCUUCCGAACUGGACGGCGGCCCAAACCUGAGAUCAUGGCCAGCAAGGAGCAGCAGGUCCAGAGAGAUGACCCUGGAGCGGGCCCCCAGAGCAGCAGCCAGCCGGACCAUGGCCGCCUCUCCCCCCCAGAAGCUCCAGACAGGCCUACUAUCUCCAUGGCCUCCGAGACCUCAGUGUAUGUCACCUGGAUUCCCCGUGGGAAUGGCGGCUUCCCGAUCCAGUCCUUCCGUGUGGAGUACAAGAAGCUAAAGAAAGUGGGAGACUGGAUUCUGGCCACCAGUGCCAUCCCUCCCUCACGGCUGUCUGUGGAAAUCACAGGCCUAGAGAAAGGCACCUCUUACAAGUUCCGAGUCCGGGCUCUCAACAUGCUGGGGGAGAGUGAGCCCAGUGCCCCCUCCCGGCCCUACGUGGUGUCAGGCUACAGUGGCCGCGUGUAUGAGAGGCCAGUGGCAGGCCCCUAUAUUACCUUCACUGAUGCAGUCAAUGAGACCACCAUCAUGCUCAAGUGGAUGUAUAUUCCAGCAAGUAACAACAACACCCCAAUCCAUGGUUUUUAUAUCUACUAUCGACCCACAGACAGCGACAAUGACAGUGAUUACAAGAAGGAUAUGGUUGAAGGGGACAGGUACUGGCACUCCAUCAGUCAUCUGCAGCCAGAGACCUCCUACGACAUUAAGAUGCAGUGCUUCAAUGAAGGCGGGGAGAGCGAGUUCAGCAAUGUAAUGAUCUGUGAGACCAAAGCUCGGAAGUCUUCUGGUCAGCCUGGCCGACUCCCACCACUAACUCUGGCUCCACCACGGCCACCACCCCCAGAAACCAUAGAGCGGCCGAUGGGAACUGGCGCCAUCGUGGCACGUGCCAGCGACCUGCCCUAUCUGAUUGUUGGGAUCGUCCUGGGCUCAGUCGUCCUCAUCAUUGUCACCUUCAUCCCCUUCUGCUUGUGGAGGGCUUGGUCUAAGCAAAAACAUACAACAGACCUGGGUUUUCCUCGAAGUGCCCUUCUAUCCUCUUCCUGCCAGUACACUAUGGUGCCUUUGGGAGGACUCCCAGGCCAUCGAGCCAAUGGACAGCCUUACUUCAGUGGCAUCAAUGGGCAAGCCUGUGCCAAUGGGAUACAUGUGAGCAGGGGCUGCCCCGUGGCUGCUGUGGGCUGCCCAGGCGUGAAAUCUCAGCAGCACUGCCCAGGAGAGCUUCUGCAGCAGGAUGACACCAACAGCCUGCUGAGACAGACCAUUCUUGGCAGUGGAUAUGACUCCCAGAGCCACCAGGUUACCAGGGGUCCCCAUCCUAGCCCAGAUGAGGAAUCUUUCUUAUACACACUACCUGAUGACUCGACUCACCAGCUGCUCCAGCCCCAAGACUGCUGCCACCUGCAGGAGCCACCUACCACCGUGUGCCAGGCAGGAGUGAGGAGAACACAAGAGAGUCCUGGCCUGGAAGCUACAUGGGACCCUCCGUUUCACACAGGGCCCCCAUGCUGCUUGGGCCUUGUACCAGUUGAAGAGGUGGACAGUCCUGACUCCUGCCAAGUGGGUGGAGGAGACUGGUAUCCUCAAGACCCCUCGGGGUCCUACAUAGGACAGGAACCUAGGAUGCAGCUCUCCCCCAGCCCAGCGGUGCAUGUGUCUUUUGAAACACCACCUCCCACAAUUUAG